AUGGGUGGCGUUGAUCUGCAUGAUAAUGGUAUAGCAAAUUACAGGAUUAGAGUCAAAGGGAAAAAAUGGUGGUGGCCACUUUUUAGCAACGCAGUAGACAGUGCAGUAGUCAAUUCGUGGAAGUUUUAUAAUUUGGUAAAUGGUGAAAAAAGUUCACAAUUUGACUACAGAUCAAAACUUGUUUUGAGUUUGUUAAAAUCAUCAUCUAAAAAAUCAAAUGAAGAAACUAUCAAUGAGUCUGCAGUAUCCAUUACCAACACAAAUUUGGGUCGGCCUUCGAAAAAUGCUCUACCUACAGCUAUAAGAAAGGACGAUAUUGGUCAUCUCAUUAUUCGAAAAAAUGAAAGAAGAAGAUGUCGCAAUUGUCAAUCGCAAACAAUUUAUUCAUGCAAAAAGUGCAAUGUUUUUCUACAUCCAGAUUGUUUUCAAGAAUUCCAUGAAAAGUAA